UGAAUUCAGAGCGGGGGUGUGGCCUAAGGUUUGGUUUUCCGCAGGAUCGGCCUGUUCCCGGCCCGCGCCCGGGUUCGGUGCCAGGCGAUGGAGGCGGUGCGGUGCGCGGGGCACGGGUCUCUCUGUUGCCUCAAAACAGGCGUCCGCGAUGGACCCAGCAAAGGGAAAAGCUUCUACGUGUGCGGGGUCCGGGACCAGGCGCCCUGCGGAUUCACCCAUCCUGCACAUCUUCCUGCUUCCUACUGCUUGAUCCAUGAGAAGUAUAUGGUGGAGCUGCAAGUUCUGAUUCAGCAACAGGACGGAGAAGAAUACAAGCUAUACUAUCGAUGCCUUAAAAGUAAGAUGGAAGGGAAGAGUUGGUGUGGGAGCAUCCCCUGGCAGGAUUCCAAAGCCAUCAAACCGCCAGUAGAUGCAAAAUCCCAGCAUGCAUCAGAGCUAUUCCUUAAUCCUAGUGGUCAGCGAAAUCCAUUCAAAGUUCUAGACAAGAAUUGUGAACUGUCCUCCUGGAAGCUACUUAGUGAAGGCAACAGGGAGAAAAAUACUGUUGAAGGAGGGAAACAGAAGGAAAAGAGAGAGCAGGCAUUAGAUAAAAAGAAGGAGGAGAAAUUGACAUCUGAAUCUCAGAUGGGAAGAGAGCCACUAGUGGGAAUGAAGAUUAAGAAAAAACAGUCUGGGGAGAAGAGGAGUGACACGGAACCUGGGGAGGGAACAGGGUCCAGAGCUAAAUCAAGUCAGUCUGAGACUCAGAAAGAGAGAAACCUUUUGGGGGAUAAACAGAAAGAUGGCACCAGUGGAGAGUCUGAGAAAUCCUCUGAGCACAUAGAGGAGGAGGCAUUUGCAAAGCCAGUGAAAGAUGCCUUGCACAGAGAAAGGAAACUAAAGCCUUCAUCCCCAAGCCUUGACAGCCAAAAAGCAAGUACUGAGCCACCGAGAGAGGAGCAGCUCAGAAAGGAAGACUCAAAAAGCAACAGGGGCAAAGGAAUAGAAGUGAAGGUAGAUGCUGGUGGAAAGGCUAGAGAGAAGAACAUGACACCCAGAGAGUGUGAGAUUUCCCAGGAGGCUACAGGCUUGUCAAUACCAUCAGCAUUUCUCCAAGUGCCCUCUGAAGGAGGCCCAGUGGCACAGCCAGCACCAUCAAAGGCAGGAAUAGUGCCAGGGGAGCGAAAAUAUGCAAAUCAAAAUACUAACAGUGAUGAAGGUGAAGUUGUGUUUGUUUCUUCCGAGUUGGGCAAAGACCAACCUGAUGGGUCAGUAUUGGAUUUGCAACAGGGAGAGGUUCGUGAGAGAACAUCUGGGAAGAGUGAGCAAAGGAUUUUCUCUUCCUCUUCAGGAGUUGCAACGUCUUUGCAAAAGGAAGAAACCCUGGACACCAAAGCCCUUCAGAACCAUCUUACAGUCCAGCUGAAACAGAAGAAGAGCACUUUGGCGACAGUGAAUGUUCAGGCCCUGCCGGAUAAAGGUGAAAGAUUAUUAAAGCAAGUGCAGGAUUUGGAAGCUGCGCUCAGUGCUCUCAGCCUCUCAACAGCAGAAAGUGCAGAGAAGGGCAACAGUGUGAGUAGUGACAAUCAGGAAGAAUCUCAGUGCAACCCAUUCAGCAGGACGACCACUGAACCACCCAGGACUGUGCAUCUGAAAAACCCACAGCCAUUCCAGGAUCCUCUUGCCAAAACCUCUCUAGGAUUGCAUGGCUGCAGCUCAGCUCCCUCUCUGGGACCCAGUCAAUACUACAGUCAUGUCUACGGAGCAAACUCCAGUGUGCAGGGGCUGUAUGGAGGUAGAAUGACUGAAGAUCGACUUAGGGCAGUGCACAGUGCCACAAGUGAUGCCAUUAACCAUCUUCAUAGAUCUCUAGAAUCCUGCCCCACAGAGGAGAUUGUGGCUGAGGACCCAUCUGGGUUGAAGGUCCCGUUGUUGCUGCACCAGAAGCAAGCACUUGCAUGGCUACUCUGGAGGGAGAGUCAGAGACCAUGUGGAGGAAUUCUGGCGGAUGAUAUGGGCCUAGGGAAGACUCUAACAAUGAUUGCACUCAUUCUGGCCCAGAAAAGGCUAGAGAAGGGGAAAGGAAAGGAGAAGAAAUUAGAAAUGUGGCUGUCGAAACACGAUUCCUCUGUCAUCCUCUCCCGAGGUACUUUAAUCAUCUGUCCAGCAUCCCUGAUCCACCACUGGAAAAAGGAGGUUGAGAGACAUGUAAGCAGUGGCAAACUGAGGGUCUGUCUGUACCAUGGACCCAACCGGAACAAGCAAGUAGAGGCCCUCUCUGAAUAUGACAUUGUUGUCACCACCUACAGUCUUCUCUCCAAGGAAAUUCCCACAAAGAAGGAAGAAGGAGAGGUCCCUGCUGAGGACCAUGAUGUGGGGGAUACAUCAUGUCCCUGCUCUCCUCUGCUCCGAGUAGCCUGGGCUCGGAUUAUACUGGAUGAGGCCCACAAUAUCAAAAAUCCCAAAGUUCAGACCUCUAUAGCUGUGUGCAAACUGAGAGCCAGUGCCAGAUGGGCUGUCACCGGGACGCCUAUACAGAACAACCUGCUGGAUAUGUACUCAUUGCUCAGGUUUCUGCGUUGCUCUCCCUUUGAUGAAUUCAAGCUGUGGAAGAACCAGGUAGAUAACAAUACAAAGAAAGGGGGAGAGAGAUUGAGUCUCUUAACCAGGAGUCUCUUAUUGCGGAGAACCAAGGACCAGUUGGACUCGACCGGCAAGCCCCUGGUAUCUCUGCCUGAGCGACACACUCAGUUGCACCAGUUAAAACUCUCAGAAGAUGAGCAGUCUGUGUACAAUGUGCUCUUUGCAAGAUCAAGGUCAACACUUCAGUCCUACUUAAAGAGACAAGAAGAGCAGAAGAGUCAUUGCAGAGAGUACUCUGGUGCUAACCCAUUUGAUAAAGUAGUACAAGAAUUUGGAGCCAGUCGAAAGGAUUCCCAAAGUGACUCUCACAUCUCAAGUACUGUCCAUGUCUUGUCCAUGUUGUUGAGACUCCGCCAGUGCUGCUGCCAUCUUUCCUUACUAAAAGUGGCCCUGGACCAAGCUAACUUGAACAGUGAAGGCCUUUCUCUUUCCCUGGAAGAACACCUCAGUGCUUUGACUUUGUCAGAACUCCAAGGUCCCGACCCAAAAUCUACCGUCUAUCUCAAUGGCAAGGCUUUCAGCAUGGAUCUCUUUGACAUCACCAGAGAAAGCACCAAACUAUCGCAUCUCUUGGCUGAACUGAAGACUAUCCAAAGUCACUCAAAAUCCCAGAAGAGUGUCAUUGUAUCUCAGUGGACUAGCAUGUUGAAGAUUGUGGCAGUGCACCUCGAGCGUCAAGGGCUGAAGUAUGCUACAGUGGAUGGCUCUGUCAAUCCUAAGCAAAGGAUGGAUUUGGUGGAGGAGUUCAAUAACAAUCCCAAAGGGCCUCGGGUGAUGUUGAUCUCGCUCCUGGCUGGCGGCGUUGGCCUUAAUUUAAUUGGAGGAAACCACCUCUUUCUUCUUGACAUGCACUGGAAUCCUGCACUUGAAGAUCAGGCAUGUGACCGUAUAUACCGAGUGGGGCAGAAGAAUGAUGUGGUGAUACACAGGUUUGUCUGUGAGGAGACAGUGGAAGAAAAGAUCUCACAACUCCAAACCAAGAAGAAAGAUCUGGCUCAACAAGUGCUGUCGGGCACAGGAGACUCCAUCACCAAACUCACCCUGGCUGACCUCAAAAUUCUCUUUGGCAUCUAACUGCCUCUUACAGCAAAUAGCUUGAACACAAUCCAGUGCCUGGAGGAAACCAGGAAGUUUUCAACAAAGGGCCUGUAUUUAAAGAAGCUAGUUCUUAGGGGAGCAAUAACUAGAAUUGUUAUAAAAACUGCUCCAGGAGGAGAAGCUACUGGAUUUUUGAAUUGUUUUAUAUUCAAGUUAGAAGCAGUAUACAGUAAAGACCAAUAAAACUAUAAAUAAAUUGAUUGUUUUAAUACUUA